GUGAUAAAGAGAAUGUAGAAUCGAAUCUUGAAAGUUUCAGGGUUAUCUUUUUAUCCUUAACUUCUCAUAUCUUUUGAACAAACCAACUAAGCUGAUCACUACUGCUCUUCAGUGUCAAAAGUCACAAUGGCUCAUUCAGCACUUUGGCUGGUGUUGUUGCACUGGAUGUUCCUGCACUCCCCAAGCAGGUGUAACAAUUUAACCAAAGCCGAACUGCAAGAACUGGAGAAGAUCAGCACCUGGGUCAUCACCCGCAGCUUUCCCUGCAGUGCCACCUGUGGGCUUGGCCUCCGCACUCAAGAGCUCUGCCCUACGGGGGGAAACAGAAACAUCUCCAGCACUUCCUGCAAGAUGAGGACCAUCCGCUGCCUAGACACCUGGCAGUGUGGACUGAAGACCCAAACCACAACUGCUGGGCAGCGCCUGGUGCUAGACUGCUUAGAGGAAGUGAUGGAUGCCAUGGGCCGCUUUGCAUUUGUGGUGUCUUGGCGCUUUGCCCAUGGAAUCAUCACAUCUGAUGACUCGUUAUUCAGCCGCUACGAAGCCCUGAGCCUGGACAAGGUGGUGCUAGACCCCCUCGGAGAAGAGGAUUCUGGGACAUACCGCUGUGACGUACUAGACACCGGCAAACGAAGAGUGAAGAGAAUGUAUAAAGGGGUGAAAGUGUUAUCACCUAAAGAAGUGAGUUUAGACUUUGCUAAAGGUCUGAUUCACUGGGAGAACCCAGAGAGCCUGUUUCCUAACCUGACGACCACAGGAAACCCGUACCCCAGCAGCAUUGUCCGAAACAUGGCGCUGAUAAGCGUGUUCAUAUCUGCUGCAAUGGCGGCCCUUAUCCUUCUGCUCUUGUGGGGUUUUUACCGGAUAACACUAAGAAGAACAGCUCAACUUUCCCAGAACAAUGUUUGA